UUUUGGUUCCCCUCACCGCCACUGUGAAUGACUCCGUGCCCACUGCUACACUGGUCAAUCGAUCAUCCCGCCAGACGAGGGCGCUGCAGCCUCCUUCUCCAGCGACCACACUGGCACAGCGGAUGGUAAGAUACCUGUGGAGUGGAGGAUGUGCGCCGGUGUCUGUCCGUUUUCACCGGGGUUAACGGAGAGCACUCGCGGGACUGAAGUGCCUCUUCUCGCCCGUAUGACGAAGCGGAGGGCCGAGAGCGCCUCGCCUUUCUGCUCCGUGCCCGAGAAGAAGCGCUGCCGCUCGGUCUGCAGCAGUGCGGACUCGCCGCUCUCCUCCGCACCUCCGCUGCUCCAGUACCCGGCUUCAUCGGACUCGUCGCCGCGCCGCAGGAAGAGACCGAGCCGCCCUGACCCGCUCGAGAGUCUCCCCGAGCCGAAAAAGGCGCCUGCUGUCCGGCAACCUUCACCGCAGACCGCCGCCGAGGACUGUUCUAGAAAAUUCGGCGAUGCGAGCGGAGCGACGGGUCCGGCCGAACUGCAGGCCAAACGGCCGAGAGAAGAGGAGGACCAGCUGGACACGGACACGGCAGAGGAGCUCACGAAGGCGAUGCACAGUGAUGAUGACGUCAGCGAUGACCUUCUUUGCGCCUUCAACUCAUUCCAGUUCUGGAGGGCUCCCCUCCCAGAGUUAGACCUUUCCCUCUUGGACCCGCAGGUCAAGGGAGACGCUACUACCAAAGGCUCCACAGAGGCCAUGGAGACGUGAGGCAGAUUCUGUGGUGAUGUGCAACCACGUGAGCACCUGGUGCCAGUUUAUGGGCCUGUCUGCCCGGUACAGACUCCAGGAUGUUUUUGGAUGAGGCCGAAGACUCUGCACAGGUCUGUGCAUGGACGUUUAUUCAUGGACGGACUGGAGGCAUGUUGGGAAGGCUUGCUGUGUUUUGACAGCAAGUAGGUAUCUUAUGGAUGUUGAUGCCAUAUUUCUGAUUUUUCUCUUUUUUU